GAAAAAUGCCGGCUCGUGUGAUACCAAUACCAACACAAUGUCGUGUGUUUAAUCAAAGACUAUACAAUACCAAGAUGUUGCAUGAGGAACAAAUGCUUUUUUAAUUUUCGUUUGACGCUUCAAGAAUAAAUCGCAUUUCUUAUGAGAAAGCCCGCCGCUGAAGUUCGCUUCGAACAAACAACCCAAACAGAUUUAAUGAUAAUGGAAAUGGACUGCCAUGACAUAUUCCAACUGGAAGACCAGGACCAGACCACAACCGACAAAUGCACGAAGAAAUCAAAUUUGAAUGGAGUGGAGAUGGGAACUGGGACGGAAUCCACGAUUCCAUGGACAUCCACGAUAGACAUGGACAUUCAGCUGAUGAAUAUCGUCGCAGCGACCCCCACAAUGCAACUAUCCCAUGCAGUAGGAGCACCCGAAAUAGAUUUGGUUUAUGUUAUGGAAAAUCCAUUGCCACCCUCACCGCCGCCAUCCGCGGACAUUUCGGUUGACGAGCAGACCUGCCUGCAGGCACUGGGUCCGUUUGAAGUGCUUCAUGAAAUAGUGGGCACGCUCCCGUCUACGCCGACGCCCUCACCUUUGGCUGGGCCUGGUGUUGGGGUCGCCGCUCCACUUCAACCGCCGCGAUACGAGACACGACGCGUGGCAAUGCAGCGCCAGCUUCGUCAGGCGGAAAACCAGAAUGCAAAAGAUUCCAACUGGCAAGAGGCGGAGGCAGAGCCAGAGACAGUGACGGGAGCGGCAGAUGCAGAACAGUUCUCCCCCGAAAACGUGUCGGAGGUAACACCGCCAGCGACGCCUCCAACCCCAGGGCCGCCCACGUCCCCCACGAGUAGCAUUGGCAGCAACGUGGACUUCCAGGCGCGCACUCGUCGCGAACUGGAACGAAAUCGAGAAUUCGUUGGCUCUCUGCUGGCGGCUUAUGAACGCAUGGAAAAGUUGUGGAAUCCCCGGCAUCCCGACUACAAGUACAAUGCCAAGCGGAGUGUUUACGGAGGACUGGGAAGCCAAGUACAGAUCAGCAAUGAUAGCACCGAAAGCGAAAAGUCAUGCGAAACCGAUGGCGAGUCCUGCAGCAAGUCUGCCCUGUAUCGUGAGGUGCUCAGCUUCAUACUGGAUGCGUUCAAGCGGCUGGAGUGCUUAUGGAAUCCCCAGCACUACGAGUAUGCCAGCUGCUGCAAGAAGGAGCUGUACCGGGAGAUCUCCGCCCAAUUGCAGGAGGAGCUCAACUACGAGCUGAGCGGCGAGGAGUCCCACAAGGAGAUACUGAAGCUGAGGACGCGCUAUCGCAAGGAGCUGCGCAUGGUGAUCAAACACAAGGGACUGUAUCUGCCCAAGCUCUGGUGCUACGACGAGAUGGAGUUUCUGCAUCCAAUACUCCAGGAGCAGAUCUUUAGCAAGAUCAGCAAGAAGGUCGGUGUGGUGGAGGCCAACCAGAAGACGAAGUUCAUCGAUGCCAGCCCCAUUGAAUUCGGUAGGGCAGAGGAUCAGCUGCAGUUUGUGGAGAUCUAUCGCAAUUAUGCGGCGUUGUGGGAUGUGGAUCAUCCCGACUUUAGAUCGAAUGCCUACCGCAGUCAGCCGCUGGCCCAGAUGUUGGACGAACUGAACAUAACCUUCCAUACGGCAUAUGCCGCGGAGCAACUGGAGAAGACUCUGUUCGAUCUGCGCAAGGAGUUUUCAGCGCAGAAACGGAAAAUACUCACCAACCCAGGGGACUCGUGCAGCAUUCCCCUGCUGCACGCAAGACUGGCAGACUUUUUGGAACAGAACCUGGGGCCCUUCCGAUGUGACGUCUGCUCGGAGCUCAUCAAGACCUGCGACCAGUAUAAGGUGCAUCGGUCCGGGCACGACAGCACCCCGCCCUUCAUAUGCACGCUCUGCGGCAAGGGCUUCCAGAUGCCGUGCAAUCUGACGGUGCACAUUCGACGGCAUCGGCGCGACUUUCCCUAUGCGUGCGAGAAGUGCGACAAACGCUUUGCCACCUCCACAGAGGUGGCCAUCCACCUGCGGACGCACACUGGAGAGCGGCCCUACAUUUGUGACCUGUGUGGGAAAUAUUUCAAGACGUGGUCCUUCUUCGAUAUACAUCGGCGCAGGCACCUUAACCUGUCGACAUUCAGCUGCCCCAUCUGUGCAAAGGGGUUCUACGAGAAGAAUCGCUUCACCGACCACUUGAACUCCCACUGGGCCAUACGCAAGCACCUGUGCACGGUGUGUGGCAAGACCUUUACCACCUACGGCAAUCUCAAGAAGCACACCGAAUUGCAUUUGGCCGUGAAGAAGUACAAGUGCUGCUCGUGCGGCAAACGAUUCGCCCAGUUUGCGAGAACAAAAAGCGCUUCACAAAAAGCGGGCACACGGCUCUGGGCAAUCGGAGGAGAAGUAGACCUCGCAUCCACUCCUGUGCCCCAUGUUAUUUACAAGGCAAUCGUAGAGAGUUAGCUACGAGUUGUACAACUUAUAUUGCCAUCAUCCACUUGAAGAUAUUGCUAGCUGGAAGUGUACUUAUCUAGCACUAAGUAAUGUAUUUAUUUACUAUUUAAGUAUGUCUGUUAUAUGGCCUGGUCCCUAGAGUUCGCUGCUUGAGUUUGUAGUGUUCAGUCUUCGCCAGUGAGUUAGGGCCAGAGCCUAUUUAGGCUCUAACUCCGACAUUGGCCAAUAGAUGGUUUUUUUCUGACCUCAUGUUAAUAGGAAGCUAGGUUCGAAGGCGCGCAUUCUUGCUGAGCUCGGGUCCAGCUCGUCGGAUUGGUCGGGGUUCUUUCUCCCCUAGCUACACAGUUUUCCUGACACAAAUCAAUAUAAUGCGCUUCAAAAAAAAUAAACAGGAUCUCGACGUUAAUAUCAAUAACCAAUAAAAAAAAAAACUCAUUUCCACUCUGCGCCGAUACGCAUUUAGAAAACGCUUAGAAAAAAAGUGUAGUUCGUCUUCUGUCUGAUGGAGGGAACAGCGGUGAUGUAUGUCCCUAGUCUUUACCCUCCCAACCAUGACAAACGCGUUUACAUUCGGGCGUUGUCCCAAUUCAAAGAUUCAACAUCUUCUAGUGCAUUUUGAGGGAGAUAAGCUUAAGUACUUGACGGACGGAGACAAUAUUUAGCUUAGGCAGACAUAUUCAUGAUUACCAAUUCAUUUUAUUUUUAUGUCAAAUGUCCCUAACCAUAAGAGAUUGUAUUGAUAUAUAUAUUUUUUACAUAAAUUACAGAUAUAAUCCGAUUCCUUACAUUUACAAAUAAACAAAAAUAUACAAA